AUGUUGCCAGGCCCAAAGGAGGCCAUCAAAAGCUGCAUGGCCACUCCUGCCUCACCCAGCCUGUUGGACAGCACCUGGGGCAGCACCUCCAGCCUGGGCCACCAGCCAACUCUCAGCCCUACGAUAACUGAGGAUCAGGCAGCCACAUGGGUCCCCUUCCCCACAGUGGACAUUCCAGACCAUGCCUACUACACCCUGGGCACAGUGAUCCUACUGGUGGGGCUGACAGGGAUGCUGGGCAAUCUGACGGUCAUCUAUACUUUCUGCAGGAGCAGAAGCCUCCGGACACCUGCCAACAUGUUUAUUAUCAACCUGGCUGUCAGCGACUUCCUCAUGUCCUUCACUCAGGCCCCUGUUGUCUUCGCCAGUAGCCUCUAUAAGCGGUGGCUCUUUGGGGAGGCAGGCUGCGAGUUCUAUGCCUUCUGCGGGGCUCUCUUUGGCAUCACCUCCAUGAUGACCCUGACAGCCAUCGCACUGGACCGAUACCUGGUCAUCACACGCCCACUGGCCUCCAUUGGGGUGGUGUCCAAGCGGCGGGCGGCGCUGGUCCUGCUGGGCAUCUGGCUUUAUGCCCUGACCUGGAGCUUGCCCCCCUUCUUUGGCUGGAGUGCCUAUGUGCCCGAGGGGUUGCUGACCUCCUGCUCCUGGGACUACAUGCGCUUCACACCAUCCUUCCGAGCCUACACUCUGCUUCUCUUCUGCUUUGUAUUCUUCCUGCCUCUGCUUGUCAUCAUCUACUGCUAUAUCUUCAUCUUCAAGGCCAUCCGGGAGACGGGCCAGGCUCUUCAGACUUUCAGGGUCCGUGAGGGUGGCUGUGAGUUCCCGCAGCAACAACAGCGGCUCCAAAACGAGUGGAAGAUGGCCAAGAUCAUCCUGCUGGUCAUUCUUCUCUUCGUACUCUCCUGGGCGCCCUACUCCACGGUGGCCCUUCUGGGCUUUGCUGGGUAUGCUCAUGUGCUGACGCCCUAUGUGAACUCAGUGCCGGCCGUCAUUGCCAAGGCUUCUGCCAUCCACAACCCCAUCAUUUAUGCCCUGACUCACUCUAAGUACAGAAUGGCUAUUGCUCAGCACCUGCCCUGCCUGGGGGUGCUGCUGAGAGUGUCUGGCCAGCAACCUCGCCUGUAUACCAGCUAUCGCUCCUCACACCAUUCCAUGCUGAGCAGCCAGGCCUCGGACCUCAGCCUGGCUUCUAGACGUGGACGCCAGACAUCUCUGGGCUCUGAGUCUGAAGUGGGCUGGACAGACACAGAGGCUGCUGCUGUGUGGGGGACUAUGGGUGAAAGAUCCCAUUGCACUCAGGGCCUGGAGGACAUGGAAAUCAAGAUCCCACACAUGCCCUUGGGACUGGAAGAAGAGGAUCUUGGGAAGACCAAGGGGCUGCUCCCCAGCCUGGAGUCCAAGAUGUAG